AUGGCCUCGUUCCCGCCUCCUCCCACCGAGUCUCUAGAAUGGGAGAAACUCGGGGUGGCCCCCAUGGAUGCCUACCGCUCCCCCAGCGGGCAAAUCCACAUCUUCCGGCCCAAAGACCACUGCGCCCGGCUAUCCCUCUCCUGCACCGCCAUCGCCAUCCCCCCAAUCCCCGAACCCCUCUUCCUAACCGCCAUCAACCUCGCCGUCGCCGCCAACGCCGAGUACGUCCCUCCGCACUCCACCGACGCAGCGCUGUACAUCCGCCCCCUGGUCUUCGGGUCGGACGCCUUCUUCGCCGUCUCCGCAGGCACCGGCUACAAAUUCUGCAUCUACGUGCAGCCCUACAAGGCCUACCACGGCAGCCAGCCGAUCCCCGCGCUGAUCCUCGAAGACCUGGACCGCGCGGCGCCAAACGGCGUCGGCCACGUCAAGGUCGGCGGGAACUACGCGCCCGUCUUGAAAUGGAGCGAUGCUGCGCGGAAAGAGGGGUUCUUCAUCACGCUGCAUCUGGAUAGUCGGACGAAUAGCGAGAUUGAUGAGUUCAGCACGAGCGGGUUUAUUGGGCUGAAGAAGAGGGGGGAUUCGGUUACGGUUGUCGUGCCGAGUAGUCGGUCGAUUCUGAAGAGUGUGACUAGCACGAGCUGUCUCGAGAUUGCGAGGGCGUUGGGCUGGGACGUUGAGGUUCGCCCGAUCCCGUACCGCGAGCUCGAGUACUUCAGCGAAGUCCUGGCCGCCGGUACAGCCGCGAUGCUCGUGCCGAUUAGGUCCAUCACGCGCAAGUCCACGGGUGAGACGUUCCAGUUUAGCACGGAUGGUCCGGGCGAGGGGUACAAGGCGCUGCUGCAGGGUCUUCUGGAUGCGCAGAAGGGGCGAGUCCCGGCGAAGGAGGACUGGUUGUGGCCGGUUUCACCGGUUCAGUAA